AUGCUGUCCUUUUCUACUGCUAUUUGUGUUCUUCUUACCACAGUAGCUGGUACCGGACUUUGCUAUUUUCUAGGACUGGGUCUUAGACCUAAGAGCUAUCCACCAGGUCCCCCAACCCUGCCGAUUAUAGGCAAUCUACAUCAAAUUCCGAGCAAGAACGAAUAUCUCCAAUUCACCAAGUGGGCUAAGCAAUAUGGACCCACCUAUUCCAUCAUGGUUGGCAGUCGACCGAUCAUCGUUUUGUCCAGUGCCGAGGUUGUCAGAGAUCUUCUGGACAAGCGUAGUGCCAUCUACUCAGAUCGACCUUCAGCAUAUGCCUCAAACCACAUCGCUAUCAGCAAACUUCGACUUGUGUUCAUGCCUUACACGCCUUUAUGGCGCAAGCUUCGAAAAGUUACUCACUCUCUUUUGAGCAUCAAAGCAGUAAAGAACUACGAUCCUUAUCAAGAGCUAGAACGCAAGCAGAUGUUGAAUGAGAUGCUUACGAGUCCUGACGACUUUUUCCUGAGUCUGCAGCGCUACACAACUUCUUUGGCAGCUACGCUCCUAUUCGGCUGGCGAGCUUCUUCGAACAAAGAUGAAAGGAUUCACAAACUUGAUCAGGAACUCGGUGCUCUGCAAAGUGCUCUUGGCACGGGAGCUGCUGCAUUGCUGGACGCCUUUCCAGCGAUUGGAAUGUUGCCUGAGGCUAUUCUCCCGAUCAAAAAACGUGUCCAUCGUGCCCUGCAAAUUGGGCAUAAAGUGCACAUGGAAAAUUGGCACGCCGUGAAGAAGAACAUGGAUAGCGGGGAUAUCGGCCCUUGUCUUAGUGUCGGGAUGGCAAGAGCGCAGGGGGAGGACGGAAUCACCGACACGGAAGCUGCGUACACUGUCGGCAACAUAUUCGAAGGUGGCAUGGAGACGACUUCCUCUACAUUGUACGUCUUUGUUCAAGCCAUGGUCCUCUACCCUGAUGUGAGAUGCGUGAAAGAACCCAUACGCUGGUUUUCUGUCGGGCCUCUAGGUGCUGUACCUCACGCCUGCACUCAAGAUGAUGAGUACAUGGGUUACAAAAUCCCUAAAGGAGCACCCAUCAUCUUGAAUGCUUGGGCCAUCAUGACAGAUGAAGGAAGCUACGCUGAGCCUCGUCGCUUCAACCCCGAUCGCUGGUCUGAACUCGGCGAUGAUGGCUCGGUCAUAGAGAUGGAUCUGAGCAAGAGAGAAACUGUUGCUUUCGGAGCUGGUAGACGUAUCUGCCCCGAGAUGGAUCUGAGCAAGAGAGAAACUGUUGCUUUCGGAGCUGGUAGACGUAUCUGCCCCGGUAUGCACGUUGCAGAAAGGAGCUUGUUUCUAGCCACCACUGGAAUCUUAUGGUCAUUCUCGAUAUCAUCGAAGCAGGACGUAUAUGGCCAAGAUGUAUUGCCGAAUGCUGAUAACCUAGACGUCGGCGGUAUUGCUGCCCGACCUGAAACGUUUCAGGCAAAUAUCCUGCCUCGUGACAAGGAUAGAGCCCAUUUCGUCGAGGAAGCAUGGGAGACAGCACAGGAGUACUUGAUCCUGACAGCAAGCAGUGGAAGGAGACACCAGAAGGUGAUUGGGACGCAUCUCUCAGGAUGUAGACAUAAUUUAGCGGCUAGCCACAAAUGUUCCUGA